CCGUAAAGCGCGAUCUCCAUGAAAACAACGUAGUAAUACCGCACUAUCCCGCGGCCGCCGGCGCCUGUAGAGCACAUAAUUGUGUUUUCCAAGACAACUCGGAAUCCGCUGUGACGCUGUCUCGCAGUCUCGCAGGGGAGUUUAACGUGGACGGUCGUGUCCGCUCGUCUUUCUUCUCGCGUAUCCGCACUGUCUACAAUUAUAAUAUUGUAUUCAUUAUUUCUGAUACGGCUAUUUUACUUCAUUUUUGCGCUCGUUGUCCGAUCCGUUCGAUUAUUUUCUUCCGAAUCGAUUUAUUAUUUUUUUUUAAAAAUAUUUUUUUUUCAACCUGCCGUUACGCGCUCGCAAGACUCACCGCUGUUGUUUCGUGUUUCAAGAUUCGAGAGCAGCGGCACCAUACCGUCGCUCGAGCUGACUUCCUUUUACUCCGGCGAGUAACCGUAGCUGCACCGUCGACUUCGGUGGCGGUAGUCGCAGGAAGUCUCGCCGCCACACAGAUCAUCUGGCCAUGGCUCCCCGAUCCAAAUCCAAAGCGAAAGGGGCCUCGAAAGCGGCCCCCAAAGCGGCCCCCAAAGCGGCCCCCAAAGCGGCCCCCAAAGCGGCCCGUAAACCAGCCCGUAAACCAGCCCGUAAACCGGGCCGUAAACCGGGCCGUAAACCGGGCCGUAAACCGGCCGGUAAACCGGCCCGUAAACCCAGAGCAAAAGCAGCCGCGAAGGAACCGAAAACCAAAACAAAAGGGCCGCUGACGGAACCUCCAAUGCCGCCUCGAGAUUGGACUCCAUUUGCAAUAGGUGAGCAAGUCUAUUGCAGAUGGGAAAACUUUUAUUAUCGGGCCAAAAUAUUGAAGCCAUGUGAUGUUAAUGAAGAUUAUUACUGUGUUCAUUACUGGAAAUUUCGCAAAUCUUGGGAUAUGGUAGUGCAUGAGAGUAAGCUACUUAAAUAUGAAAAUAAGGCAAAUGAAGCAUAUGUUAAAAACUACAAUGCUUAUUUUAGCAAACUAAAGAGAGAUAGAUUUAAGGGUUUGAAGAUAAUAGCCCAGUUAAUGGAUAAUAUAGAAAAAGGUAUUCCACUUGUACAAUUGAAUGGCUUACAAUAUGAUCCUACUACAUGUAGGGUUAUGGUUCAUGAAGAUGGAAACAUACACUGUCUACCAAAAGAUUCAAUUACAACUAUAUUACCUGAAAUUAAAGUUGAGCCUUCUCCAGUUAACAGAGAAUCAUUUUUAUCUUCUGAACAAGAAGAAAGUAUUCAAUCAAUAUCACUUGCAGUUAGUGGCAAUGAUUCAAAUUCUGAAGUAAAUUUAUCAUCUUUAAGCCCAAGAUUUGAGGAAGCACAAGAGUCAAAGAUGGAUAAAAACUUAACACAACUCUUGGAUACUUUCUCAAUCAAAGAAAAAGUUGCCAUAAAUAUCUUGGAUGAAAUGCUAACUAAGACAAAACUACAAAACAAUGUCACCCAAAAUUAUGAAGAUCCCACACCCAAUCAUAAAUCUAUUUUGAAUGAAUGUAAUCCUCUUGAAAAAGCAGGUUCAUCAAAAAUAGCCACUACUAACAACAAAAGAAAAACAAAUGACUUUGAUGAAGAUAUUAUUGAGUACAAUAACACAAAAAAAUUUAAAUUGCUUGAGAAAAAUUCAAGUACAGAUGAUUUUGAACAGAAUACUAUUGAUUCUUGUUUAGAUCAUGCAUCAUCUGAUAAUAAUAGUUUUGGUACAGGGAAAUUAAUUCAAACUGAAACUAAUAGUUCAUCCGUACAAACAACUAUGUUAAUUAAUAAUCAUGAAACUAAGAAUAUUAACGAGUUAAGAUCCAAUAGUGAAUAUGCUUUACAAUUGAAUGAAAGUAAUUUUUCACUAGAAGGCAGAUUGUCAACCUCAGAAACAGAAUCAACCAAUAAAGAUAAAAUUAAUGAUAAUACAGCAGAAGCUAGUGAGGUAGAUGCUAAUGUGAAUGUAUCAAAAGUACAAAUAGAACACGAGGAUAACGCAACAAAAAAAUUUAAGUAUACAAAUUGUUUUAAUGUCGAAGAUGCUAUUGUUCCAUUAUGUGAGUCGAAUAUUGAGAAGAUAGUUAAUAAUUAUGAAGAUGUACCUACUGAAGUGGAGAAUCAAAAUGCUACAGCGUCUAAUAAAGAAGAUGAAUUAGAAUCUGAUGAUUUACCAAAUUUUAGCAAUUCAAUGAGUGUUUCAAUAGAAAAUGACCUAACAAUACAAACUAAUGAUUGCCAUGAAGAGAUUAUAAUUUCUGAAAUCGAGGAUCAGUUAAUGUUGGAUGACCAACAAGAUUCAAUUAAUUCAUACAUUGAUUCAGUUGGUCAUGAGUUAAGUUAUAAAUUGAAUAAAUCUUCAAAUGAAACUGAAAGUAUGUUAAAAGAAAGUACAAAUUUAACUAUGACAGAUGGGUCCUUACAUGAAACAAAUAUAGAUACUGCUGAAAUAAAUACAUUAUUUGUAGAAACCGAUUAUUUUGAAGAGGUUACAACUUCCAAUCCUAAAGAACAAUCAUGGCUUAACAAUGAACAAAAUUUGAAUAAUUCAAAUUAUGAUAUAGUUGGUAAUAAUUUAAACCAGAAGCCUGGUACCUCUAAUGAAACAGAAAGACAGCCUUCAAAAAAUUUGAGUUCAACUAUAAUAGAAGAAGAGUCACAGCUUAAAAUGAAUUUAGAUGUAGAUAAUGGUAAAUCUGAAAAAGUUUUAACUGAUGAAUUCAAGCAACAUAUGAAACCGGAGUGUGAUGGUAUUCUUAACUCAAUUGAUUUUUCAAAUGAAAAACCAUGUUGUUGCAUUAAUUCAAUUCUUAGAGGAAUGAAUAAACAAAUAGCUGAUAUCACGAAAAUUCAUUUCAAAGAUUCGUUGACAGGCAACGAGAGGAUUUUGGAUUUUAGUCAAAGAAAUACUGAAAAUGGGUGUAACUUCAAUGAUUGUAUAAAACAAGAGAUUUCGAAUGAACAUGGUAAAAAUGUUAACGGUGUUGGUGAUAAUGGAAAUUCUGAAAAAAAUUGCGCAUCUACGUUAGAGAUUCAACGAUAUCAAUCUCAUUUGGCUUUUUCAUUAAAGUCUCUGUUUAACACUGCAGCUAAUCUAGACGAUGGUAAUGACUCAAAAUUGGAGAGAAUUAUAGGAGUACAAUCUUUUAUUCGUUCCAAAGAUAGUCUUGUUCAUGAAGAACAACCAAGUUAUGCACCCAAUGAUAAACCUACUAUAGAAGAAUAUAAUUUUUCUGAAAUUGGAACGUCAUCAUCAGCUACUCCAACUACUCUGGAAAAUAGUGAAAGGAAAGAUAAUGACUACGAAGACACUACUGCCAAUUUAUUGCCAGAUAAAAAUUGUAAUUUAUCGUUAUUCUCACCAACAACACUGUCAAACAAUGAUGAGAAAAUCAAUUUUUAUGAUGAAAAAGCUAGUACAGAUAUAAGGUCUGAUGAAGUUCAUAUAGUAAAUGAGAGUUUUCCUUCCGAAACAAGUGGAUCAUCUAUACCAAUAACUGAAAUCUUGGGGAAGAAAACAAGUAUUUAUCUUCAAAGUGACGUUACUGAAGAUUUGACCUCCAAUGAUUGUUUGGAAACUGAGUUGAAUAACAUUUCUAAUGAACAAGAUGAUGAGAUAAUAGAGGUUUUUACAUCUAGUGAUAGUUGUCAUAUAAGCAAACAUCAUGACCUUGAUACCGGAAAUUCCUCAAGUUCAUCUCUGUCAACUAAUGUGAUAAUCAAAAAAAAAAAAAUUAAAAAACACAAAAAAAUAAAUACUGAUGAAGAUCAAGUUUGGAGAGUAAAAGCAUCAAAAUCAAAAAUUAAGUCAAAGAAAAAAAAUAUUUAUGAAAAAUACAAAUCAGGAGAAGAUAAUGUUCGGAAAGCAAAAUCAUUAGCAUCAAGGAAUGAGUCAAAACAUAAUAUUUAUGAAAAAUACAAACCAACUAAGGGUCUAUCAUUAAGUUACAGGAAAAAAUCAGACAUGUAUAAAAAACUUCUAAAAAGCAAGUCAAAAGACCUGUGUAUAGAUUCCGAUGAUAGUGAUACGGUUGCUACCAUCAAUGUGCAAGAUCUUACUUCUAGUAAUAAUUUUUCUUUGAACCAAAUUGAUGAUUAUGAAACUGGCUGUUCUUCCAGUUCAUCAACAUACGUGCCUAACAAAAAAUAUAAAUUUAAAGAUCGUAAAAGUGAAAAUACAGACCAUAAUCAAAGAGUAAAAGAAUGUUCAUCAACACCAAUAAGCUACUUAAACAAACAAAAUAUUUAUAACAAGAGCAAAGUAAUUAAGGAAGUUGAUAACUUAAAAAAAUCACAAGUACAUGAAAAAUAUACUAAAAGCAAGUCCAAGAAAGUGAAAAUGAAUGCCGAAAAACAUCAUUUUUUCGACACAGACUUUAAUCAAGAUAUUGCAACUAAUGAUAGAUUUAUUUUAAAUGAAAAUAAUCAACCUGAAGCUUGUAGUAUUUCAAGGUCAUCAACAUCAACAUCAACAAAUGUGGCAAAUAAAAAAAAGAAAAUUAAAGAAAAUAAAAGUGAAAUUACUGAUAGAGAAGAUAAUCUUUGGAGAUCAAAAGCAUCAACAUCAACAACAAAGUCAAAUGAUAAGAUUAUACUUGAUGGAUACGAUAAAUCGUCUGAAUAUUCACCGAUAAAUUAUUUAAAAGAAAUAAAAGCUCAAGAGAAACUUCUAAAAAGUAUGUUUAAAAUAAAUAAUAAAGAUCAUGUUGAAACAGACUGUCAACAAGAUGAUGGAGUUGAUUGUAGUUCCUCAAGUUCAUCUACGUCAAGAAAUGUGACUUACAGCAAAUUAACUGAGGAUGUACCAAUGAAUGAUUCAAAAAAAUCAAAAACAUAUAAAAAAUGUCUCAAACGCAAGUCUAGAGAUGCAUUUAUAACCAAUAAUAAAGAUACCAUUGUAGCUAACUAUCAACAAAAGGUAAUUACUAAUGAAAGUUAUCAACCUGAAGGUUGCAGUUCAUCAAUCUUAACAAAUGUCAGAACUAAAGAAAAGAAAACUAAAAUUUGUAAAAAUAAUGUUUCUGAUGAAUAUCAUUUUUUGAGAGGAAAAUCAUCAACAACCGGGUCAAACGAAAAGAUGAAUUAUGACAGAGAAAGAAAAUUAACCAAGGGUCUUGGAGUUAAUUAUUUAAAACAAAUAAAUUUGUAUGAAAAACUACUAAAGAGCAAGUCUAAAGACAAUUGUAAAGAUGCAGUUUUAAAUGAUGCAACAGAUAAUUUUGAAAGUGACUGUCAACGUGAAGAUGAAACAUCUAAUGAAAGUUUUAUUAUGAAUCAAAGUCAUCAACUUGAAGCGUGUAGUUCUUCAAGUUCAUCAAUGACAACAAAUGUCAUGAAUAAAAAAAAGAAAGCUAAUCAUUGUGAAAGUCGAAUUUCUGAUGAUCAUUGGAAAUCAAAAGCAUCAACAUCAACAAUAGUGGCUAAUGAUAAGAUAAUACUUAAUGAAGACAACAAAUCAACUGAGUGUCUACCAGUUAAUUAUUUAAAAAAAUUAAAAGUUCAUGAAAAACUUCUAAAAACCAAGUCUAAGGAUUCAUUAAAAAUUAACUAUAAAGAUCAUUUUGAAGCUGACUAUCAACAAGAUGUAAUAUCUAAUGAAAGUUAUCAACCUGAAGCCUGCAGUUCGUCAAUGUCAACAAAAAAAAAAACUAAGGAACAUAAAAAUGAUAUUUCUGAUGGAGAAGAUAAUUUUUGCAGCAGAAAAGCAUCAACCUCGACAUCAACAACUCAGUCAAAUAAUAUGGUUAUGUUUGUCAGAAGAAGCGAAGCAAAUGAGCGAGUUGAUCACAAACAUAAUUCAAUAGUGUUUAAAAAGUAUGCAAAGAAAAAGUCAAAUGAUGUAGAUUUAAAUAGUGACAGCGAAAUUAAUGUAGUUGGUGACUCUCUACUAGAUUUAACUUCCAAUAGUCUUACUUUGAAUAAUAGUAAUCUUUCUGAUACUGCUACUUCAACAAUAGAAACAACUGUAUUAAUUAGUAAGAAGAAUAUUAAUAACCAUAAAAAUAAUGUUGCUGAUGGAGUUAAUUGUGUCAAAGAAGUAAGAGAGCUUAAAAAUGAUAAUAAAAAGAAAUCGCAUGUUGUAGAUAUUAUCCCUGACAAAGAUGAUAAAGUGAUUAGUAACUAUCAACCAAUUCCGAAAUCUAUUAAUGGAAAUUGGUCAUGUGGAAGUGCAAGUUCAUCAAAUUCAAUACCUUUGUCAAAUCAUCAAAUAGAAUCUGAUGAUGAACAUAAUACAGAUGAUGAUGAUCAAUACGUUAAAAAUAGAAAAAUUUCCAAAAAUAAUCAUCAACCUUUUGAUGAUGUAGACCGUAGUAUUUUUGAAGCUUUUGGAUAUGAAAAACUUUAUUCAAGAGCUGCAAAAGUAAAAGCUAAUGAAGCAAUAUCACUGAUGAGUAAACCACUUAUCAACAAAGAUAAGAAAAAUGAUGCUACCAAACGGUCAAAGAAUGGCAAGAAGAACAAUGAAUUUGAUCCAUGGUAUGGUAUGAAGACCCUGGACGAGUAUGAAGUGAAGUUGCCAAGGUUUGCUUAUGCUGUAUUAGUUCUAGAUAAACAUAUGCUUGAUGAUAAUCGUUGUAUUUUCAUAGUACCUUCAUGUAAAUCUGUUUAUUCAAUUAUUGUUGAAUUUGCAAAGGAAACUAAUUAUAGUAACAAACAAAUACCAACCAUUAUGUUAGAAGCUUUUAACCAAGCGUUAUAUUUGUGGUUGUUACAUCCACUUGAAAUGCCUAAACAUAAUGAUGUUCUACUUCAGCAUUCUGGCAGAUCCAUGUGUCACAUUUAUGGACUUCCUCACUUUCUCAGAUUUAUCAUGAAACUGCCCAAAAUUUUCCAUUUUGUGGAAGAUGAGAAUCCGAAAUUUGUUUAUGAUGCUGUUGUAUUUGUUAAAUUAAUACUUAGUUAUAUAGAGCAAAAGUAUGAACAUUCAUAUAUACUGGAUUAUGAUUGUGUAUUGCCCUAUGAUUAUAGAAAAGCAUACUUUAUGUAACUGUUUUCCUCUCAGAAUGAUACAGUCUGCCAUAACUUUUUAUUGUUCAUUAUACAUACCUAGAUAUUAGUUUAUUACUCUGUAAAACUUUUUUUUUUUUGAUACACAUUGUUAUUUAUUCAUUUUUUUA